AUAAAAGUGAUUACACGAAGCAUAUGAGACAGUGGCAUUCUUGUCGUGACGUUAAUGAUUGAACUACUAAUUAAAAUUGACGCCUAGAGAUCUACCAAGGAGUAGUAAAUGGUCGAUGACACUAGCCGAGAGAAUAAACGCAGCGCUUAUCUUAAAAAACACAACCGUCACACCGUUCACGUACUUACUCUUUCCAAGCUCCUAUAAAUGUUUAUUCUGUGAUGUAAAGACUUUCGAAAUCCAAACGUUACUAGAACAUUCUAGAAGUCAUAUUGUUCCAAAUCACGAUGAAAUUCUAAAAGAUAUCCUAAAGAAAGGCAAGAAGAAAAUCAAAGUGGAUAUAUCGAAUUUAAAAUGUAGGAUAUGUGAUCAAUCGUUUCUAAGCUUGGAAGAUGUUCAGAAACAUUUGGCAAACAUUCACAAUGUUGUGUUCACGGACGCCGGUGUUGGAAUGAUCUCGUUUAAUCUAGAAACGACUGAUGAAUUAUUCACCUGUCACAUUUGCUCGAAUACAUUUCACAGUUUUUUCCUCUUAAACAAACAUAUAAGCGUACAUUACAGUAAUGCGAUGUGCGAUUCGUGCGGCAAAGGUUUUUUGUCUUACCAACGAUUGAUGACGCACAUGGAAAGCCACCGCAACGGAACUUAUCCCUGUGAAAAAUGUAAAAAAACCUUCCCAAGUAUAUCAAAACUCAAGUACCAUAAUGAUAAGUUGCACGGAACUUUGGGCAAAGUGAAGUUGGCCAAAUGUCACAAAUGUUUGGCGAGAUUCGAACAUCAUUACGAGAAAAUAAAGCAUUUGAAAGAGACUCAUGGCAUUUCUUUUAAUUUCACGUGCGAUACUUGCAACUGCGUUUUCAAAACUCGACACUCAUUGAAUAUGCAUGUCGUCAAGAAUCACACACAGAAUAUCGCGUGUGAAAUGUGCAAGAAGACAUUUUCAGAACGGUACCAUUUAAAAAAGCACAUGGCUACGCACAGUCAAGAAAGGAAUUUUGUAUGUCCAUUGUGUAAAAAGUGUUAUAGAUACGAGAAAACACUGAAACAACAUUUGAAAAUACAUAAUCCGGAAUGGAAAUAUUCGUGUUCCAUCUGUUGGACAAGUUUUUCCAAUAAAAUCGAUUAUAAGACCCAUAAAACUGCAAUGCAUUCAUAGAAUUAUUUAUUUUAAUCCCUUUGUGUUCAAUGAUACAUAUUUAUUUUGUUGUUAUAUGUACAAGUCUUUUCCAAGUGAGCGUAGCUAAAAUGAUUCAAAAUAACAAGGAAUAUGAAAAUUUCUCCGCUGUAAUUUCUCUAAAAUAUCUAGUCAGGAAAUCUAUUUAUGUUGAAAAACAUUAAUGCGCUUAAUUUCAUUGAUUAAAUAAUAGCUAUGUUUUACACGACGGACGUAUGAGGUCCGAGUAUUUUGCUCUUCUAAGAGUUUACUCGUGGAAUGAACUAGAAACACGAUAAACUAAAGUGCUCCUAAAAUGUUUCGAUAUUAGAUACCUACAUGUAUUUUGUUAUGUACUUGCAGGUUUAGUAAGAAGAUAUACCGAAUAUCUAAUAUUAAAAUAUUUACAACGGUGUUUUAUUUACUU